GCCGCACCGCCGUAGCUCCCGGCUCACCGGCUAUGGACGCGUAGCGGCGAGAGAAGAGCGUUCCUCAGAAGCCCCCGCGUCGCGAUGGCGGACAGCGCCGCGGCCACCGCCACCGUGAAGGGCAGCAGCUCGGGGGGUCACUGGUGGAAGUCGCUGACCGGCAAGAAGAAGCACAAAGAAGCCGCGGCCGCCCCGCCUCCCCCCGCCGAGCCACCCGGCUCCCCGGAGGAGCCGCCCCCCGCGCUGGGCAACGGGGAGCCCCCGGGAGCGGGCGGAGCAGCCCGACGGAGCCUUCGCGUCUCGCACUCGGGCCGCUUCAAGGAGCGGCGGAAGGUGCGCGCCUCGCUGCUGGCCGACGGCUCCGAGGUCUUCGACGGAGCAGAGCCCGGGCGCGCCGCCCCCAAGGGCGAGUAG